UUAGUUUUCCCCCAUGAGUGCUAAAUGGGCGGAUUUUAGUAGCUCGCACACACACACACACACACACUCACACACACACACACACACACUGGGUGUUUUACUGUACUGACAGCAGCUGCGCCUGACUCUCAUCUCCGGAGCAUUUUAACACUUCUUCUUCAUCCUGCUUUAAUUCUUUACAUUAAAAAAGGCACAAAAUGGGGAAAGUGGAAGGUGGAAUGAAAUGCGUGAAAUACCUGCUCUUCAUAUUCAACUUCAUAUUCUGGUUAAUGGGUUCUCUGGUGUUGGCUAUUGGUUUGUGGUUGCGGUUGGAAAAUGACACAGUGUCUCUCCUGGACAGCGGCAGAGCACCGGACACCUUCUUCAUUGGAGUGUACAUCCUGAUCGCAGCAGGGGGGUUGAUGAUGUUGGUCGGCUUUUUCGGAUGCUGCGGUGCUGUCCGAGAGUCUCAGUGUCUCCUCGGCUCGUUCUUCGCCUGCCUCGUGAUCAUUUUCGCAGCCGAAAUUGCUGCUGGUGUUUUUGGAUUCCUGAAUAAAGACACGAUCAUUCAGGAGAUUCAGACGUUUUAUAAAGAAUCUGCUAAAGACAGUAACAACACGGCGAUUCUCACCAGCUACCAUCGAGUCCUGAAUUGUUGCGGCACUGCGGAUUCACUAAAAACUCUCUGUCCCGACCGAUCCUCUGACACCAAGAACUGUGACGUAGCCAUCGGAGAGUUUUUCAAGAGUAAACUGUUUAUCAUCGGAUACGUGGGGAUCGGAAUCGCCGGAGUCAUGAUUAUCGGGAUGAUCUUCAGCAUGGUGCUGUGCUGCGCGAUCCGGAACAGCCGUGAGGUCAUCUAACUUCAUGACCUUUUCACCUUUAACCUCUGUGCCAGUUUUUUUUUCUUCUUUUUUACAGACACAGCAAGAACUUCGAGAUCAACAAACAUCUCGUGUUUUUUUUUUUUCCCCGUCAUUCAGAACAUCCAGUCAGAAGCUAAUGGAAGGAAGUCUUACUUUCAGCUUUUUUAGUUCGUUUGGAUUGAUUCGUUUUCUUUUUUCACUUUACCUGCUGGAUAGGUGUCGUAAAUAUUCAGUUUGUGAAGCUGUUUUAAGGAAUGUAAUUUAAUUUAAUUUAUAUAUUUCCGUCGAUGUCUGAACGAGGAGGCUGUUGAGAUGCGGAAUUUAAAGACUGGGGUCUCUGAGGUCACAUGACCGAGGGAGAUUAAAACCAGUGAGGUCUAGUAUGUUAUAGCGAGCGCAAAUAACGCAUGAAGUCCUGUUUAACGGUCCGAGUGCACUACCGCAGGGAGCGUGUUUAACAGGCAUGCGUAGUGAACAUGCUACAGUAUGUGGUUUGGGACACGUCCACGGUAGACUUGAUGAUGUUAAUCUGGCGUUAGUGCUUGACAGCUGGUAGAUAAAUAAUCCCUGGUAGUGCACUCAGCCGUUUGGACCUGAUUAACACCAUAUCUGAAUCGCAUUUUUGAUGUUUGCUCGCAUCCAUGUUGCAUUACAUAGUCGCUGCCUUUCCCAAGGACAGGUUUGUAAAUAUUAUUGAGAUUUAUACUCCAUUUUUGUAAUGUGUGUGAUGGUGAAUAUCUGUGACGUGCUGUUGGUUUGUGUAAAAGCUAGUCAUUGUCAUUUUUAAGUCAUUCCUGUUCGACGAUGACGUAUACGAUCAAUUAAGGUGCCUUGCUCUUUUAUACGACGUAUAUAACCUGAGCUCUUCAACCCGUCCAGUUCAUAGGAUACAGAUGCAGCUUUUUUGCGUUUCAGUCCUGUUUUCAACACACACUUUGUCCACUUCUUCUUGGUUGAGGCCGUUCCAUUACCUUACCAGAUAGUGGAAAUGUGUUGUGUAAGUCAGUACGUUUACAUGGACAACAAUAACCCGAUUAAGACGAUACUCUGAUUAAGAAACUAGCAUGUAAACAGCGAUUAUUGAGGACCUUAAUCCGAUUAAGGUCAUACUCGAAGUAAACACAAAUGGAAUUAAGACGUGUGGCGUAUUCCUGUUUUAGUCGCAUCAUCGACGUGCGUUACAGACGUGUACACACCUUAAUCACACUAUUAACGUCGUGUGGGAGUUUUCACCGCAUUUUGCGACAGGACACGUACACACACGGCAGUGCUCAACCGUUUGACGGCAAACAAGAGAGCACGGCUGCGUCCCAAACGGCAUACUUAUCUACUGUAUAGUAGGCGAAAUACAUGUAUCUCGGCUACUAUAUAGUAGGUAAGUACGUGGUUUGGGACGCAGCUCACGGCUUCAAGCAGUCGUCUAUUAGCACGUAUAGCAUGAGAAAUAAUUAACCGCACUUGAAGCUUUCAUAAAAUAAAAAAUUAAACACUCAAAACUGUAUACGGGUCCAUAACGAAGACCAGCUGUUU